AUGAAGCAAUCCCUCAUUACCUCACUGGCUGCUCUUGCGGCCUCCGCAUCUGGAGUGUCCGCCUCCGAAGGCCUGAUCAGUGUUCCCGUAGGUCUUUGCGGUGCAAUCUUGGGUGAGGCCCAAUGCCACCAACAGACCACCAGCAACGGUCUGAUCAACGUUCCCGUGAAUGGAUGUCUCGCUGCCCUUGGCCAGGCAAAGUGCGACCAGGUUUCUUCUUCCUCCAAUGACCCAGGCUCCCUGAUCAGUGUGCCCGUCAACGUCUGCCUCGCCGUCCUCGGUGAGGCUCACUGCCAGCAGAGCCACAACUCCAAUGGUGGUCUCAUCAAUAUUCCCGUGAAUCUGUGUCUGGCUGUGCUGGGCGAGGUUGAGUGCAAGGAUCACUCAUCCCAACCUGCCUCCCCGGGGCAGGGACAUGGACAUGGCAAUGGUCAUGGUGACGGCCACGGCAAUGACGGGGGUGCUCUCAUCAAUGUUCCCGUCAACAUCUGUGCGGCUGUUCUGGGAGAGGCUCAUUGCCAGCAAAGCACCAAUGUCGGUGGCUUGAUCAGUAUUCCCGUGAAUACCUGUCUCGCAGUCCUGGGCGCGGCCGAGUGCCACAACCACUCUGGCGCCUCAGGCCAAGGUAGCAAGCACGGAGAGGGACACGGUAACGGCAAGCAAAAUGGCGGCGGUUCCUUGAUCAAUGUUCCUGUUAGCAUUUGCGCCGCCAUCCUUGGUGAGGCUCAUUGCCAACAGAGCACCAGCGUUGGUGGCCUGAUCAGUGUCCCCAUCGACUCUUGCCUGGCGGUCCUCGGCGAAGCUGCCUGCAAACAGUAUCCUUCGUCUGGUCCUAACAAUGGUAGCGGUAACCACGGUGGAAACGGUGGCUCCUUGAUCAGCGUCCCCACCAACAUUUGCACCGCUGUUCUUGGAGCGGCUAACUGCCAGCAAAACUCAGGUUCCCCUGGCGGCGGUUUGAUUAGCAUUCCCAUUGACUCAUGCAUCGCUGUUCUCGGUGCUGUUGAGUGCAACAACUACCCUCCAUCCACUGCAACAAACCCCGGCCCUACUACUUCUAACACCAAUGUCCCCACUGGUCCUGCCACUGGUCCUGCCACUGGCCCUGCUACUGGUCCUGCUACUGGUCCUGCCACUGGCCCUGCCACUGGCACCGCCACUCUUGUUGUGCCCACUACUGCCCAGCCUUCGUCAUUCAACACCUCCCCUUGCCCCGAGUCUACAACUGUCGUCUCUCCUUCUGCUUCUGUGUCCAGCGGCAGUGUUCCUUCCGGCCCUAACAUGAGUUCUUCUGCCACCUCUGCUGCUGGUAUGCCUACUAACACUGGCUCCGGUCCCGCCGGGUCGGCUCCCACUGCCGCUCACACCACUGCUCCUGCUGGAGCGGGUACCAUGACCGCCAAGCCGUCAUCGACUGAGUGCACCACCAGCACCUGGACCAUGAGCAAUGGCUCCAUCACUUCCGUGGUCAUUCCUUAUGGUAGCAAAACCUCUUCCAUGCACCAAAUGCCUUCACCAACCCAGUCCACCCCUGUUGGCUCUGGUGCUAUGGGAGCUGGCCCCUCCGCAUCCGGAUCUGGUGCUGGCUCCAGUGCUUCAGGUCCUAGCUACCCCGGCAGUGGCAGCACUCCCUCGGGAAUGCCUAUCUUUAACGCUGCUGGUCGCGCAACCUUCUCCGACCUGGCCGUAGCCUUCGGCGCUCUCCUCGCUGCUAUUAUGCACUUGUAA